UGAAACGUGUCCUUUGUAAGCGAAUAAUGAGAAUGAGAAAAGACAUUGUCGUGAAGAGUUAAAAGAAUGAUGAAAGGAAGUGAAAGAAGGGAAGCAUGAUGGUUGUUGUUCUGUUCCACCUAUUUUGAAACAUUCUCUCUCCUUCACCACAUUUUAGGGAACACGCGCGCUUCUUUCUGCGAUCAUCACCGCUGUUUUUCUGUUUAUUUGGUCCUUCUGUUUUCUUUUGCUGUUUUGUGGCUUUACCCUUCAAAAUCGCUCCUUUUGCUCUUCUACCGUUUGGAAGCGGGUUUGAUUAGAGCGAUGAAUUGUUGGGAUCAGGUUCCUGCUGUUGGCAUCUCCCAAUUGGUCAUGACAACCUCCGCAAUGCUCAUUGCAUCAAAACCCAAAAGCCUUUGAUUCUUACAAAAGCUAAAAAGCUUCCCGUUUCGUGGUUGCUGCUUUCAAGUUGUGGGUGUUGAGAAAUGGAUUCGGAAGGUGAGGGUGGUAGGACACCAAAGAUUUUAUUGGAAGCAGAAGGGGCUCUGCAUAAGAUGAAGGGUGCUGGAAACAUGAGCAGCAAAGACAUGAUUUUCAGAGCUGAUAAGAUUGAUCUCAAGAGUUUGGAUGCCCAACUGGAAAAGCACUUGAGCAGGGUUUGGUCGAGGAGUGCUGAGUUGAAACGCCCCAAAGAAGAGUGGGAGGUUGAUUUGGCCAAAUUGGAUUUACGAUAUGCUGUGGCUCAUGGGGCCUAUGGUACUGUAUACAGGGGCACAUAUGAUACUCUAGACGUUGCAGUGAAAGUGUUGGACUGGGGUGAGGAUGGUGUAGCUACUCCUGCUGAAGCCGCUGCUUUACGUGCAUCGUUUAGGCAGGAGGUUGCUGUCUGGCAGAAACUUGACCAUCCAAAUGUGACAAAAUUUGUUGGAGCUUCAAUGGGUACUUCAAAUCUUAAGAUUCCCUCUAAAAACCCUUCAAAUCCGGCUGAAGAGUCCCUUCCUUCCAAGGCAUGCUGUGUUAUUGUGGAGUUUGUCUCUGGUGGGACACUAAAGCAAUAUUUGAUUAAAAGUAGGAGGAGGAAACUUGCUUAUAAGAUUGUGAUUCAGCUGGCUUUGGACCUUGCUAGGGGUCUUAGUUAUCUACAUUCGAAGAAGAUCGUUCAUCGUGAUGUUAAAACAGAGAAUAUGUUACUAGAUAAUAGUCGGAAUCUAAAAAUAGCUGAUUUUGGAGUUGCUCGGGUUGAGGCUAUGAAUCCAAGUGACAUGACAGGUGAAACUGGAACCCUUGGAUAUAUGGCCCCAGAGGUUCUGGAUGGUAAGCCUUACAACAGGAGAUGUGAUGUCUAUAGCUUUGGCAUUUGCUUGUGGGAAAUUUACUGCUGUGAUAUGCCUUAUCCAGAUCUAAGCUUUGCUGAUGUGUCAUCUGCGGUUGUUCGCCAGAAUUUACGACCAGACAUUCCUCGGUGUUGUCCAAGCGCCUUAGCGAACAUCAUGAGGAAAUGCUGGGACGCGAAUCCAAACAAGCGUCCAGAAAUGGAAGAUGUGGUGAGAAUGCUGGAAGCACUUGAUACAAGCAAAGGUGGUGGAAUGAUACCUGAAGAUCAGAACUCAGGUUGCUUUUGUUUUGCUCCAACCCGUGGUCCUUGAUUCUUGAACGCAACAUGCAUCAUUAUUAUUUAUGUAAUGUGCUCAAGAGAUGAGGUGAAGCACUCUGCAACUGGCAAUUGGUGUUUUAUUGUUUUGCCAGUUCACAGCUCAAACAUCCUUUCCUGAUGGCCAGAAUGACUGACAAGAAAGGAAGGGAAUUGUAUUUUAUUUCUUAAAUUUUGGCUAAAGGAGCGACUUCAUUGCUUCUUACAUAUUUGUAUCUAGUACUCAAAACUGGUUUCUUUUGAGCAUGGAAUGGGUUAUAAUCUUUAAUCAAACUUUCCCCUACUAUUACUAUUAA